AGAAAUGUUAUAAAAAAUGCGGAUUUUUGAGCGCUCUCACGGAAUAAAGAGUUUCGUAUCUAGUCAUCAUUGUUUUUGUGCUGGACAAUAACGAAUAGGAGGAAUAUUUACUUGUGUAGCCAACAAAUACGACGUGUGCACAAACGAACUUAUAACACGCUGAAUUGAAAAACAUGAACAACUUGUAGAGCCGUGAUAAACAAAGUAAACACAUCAAGCAGUGAUUUGAUAAAAUUUAUAUAGUUUAUACCGAGAGAUACGCCUGAAUUAGCAACACUUACACACCGAGUAAAUGAAUUCAAUUAAUUGAAGUGUUUUUUUUUUACAUAAUUUAACUACGUUUUACUGUGAAAUAAGCUAUUUAGCAAAUAAUUAAAUAAAGAUGACGUCGCCAGGAGAUUUGCGAAAACGGAAUUCGCAAACAGACUACAAGCUCGGACAGAAUGUCUAACUGAGUCGUAGUUGGCAGAAUGAUGUUUGAAUACCAGUUGUUGAGCACAAACGAUGAUAAGGCGGAUGGCGCUGUACCAAAUCGACGCAAGCCUGCAAGCUCCAAUGAUGGCUCAAAGAGUUUUCCCAGAGGACUCAAGCUUACAUUUCUUUGCCUUGUAUUGUCGGCUACGUUCCUGCUAUUGCUUUUUGGCGUCUAUACGGAUGCCACGAGUCCCUUCUUUGUACGCUUAGCAUCGCGUCUGGGUUAUACGCGUAACCAAUUUGCAGUUAUCAUCGAUGCUGGUUCGACUGGUAGUCGUGUGUUGGCUUAUAAAUUCGAUAGAAGUUUUAUUGACAAUAAGCUGGUCUUAUCGGAGGAACUCUUCAAAGAACGCAAACCCGGCCUAUCGUCUUUUGCCGAAAACCCCGCACAAGGUGCACAUUCCAUAAAACUGCUGCUUGAUGAAGCCAAGGCUUUCAUACCCAAAGAGAAAUGGUCAUCCACGCCACUCGUACUUAAAGCUACAGCUGGCCUGCGUUUAUUACCACAACACAAGGCGGAAAAUCUAUUGAAUGCCGUACGUGAACUUUUCGCCAAAUCAGAAUUCAGUAUUGAACCCGAUGCAGUUGAAAUCAUGGAUGGCACCGAUGAGGGUAUUUUCUCUUGGUUCACGGUGAACUUCUUGCUGGGAAAACUCUCCAAAGCCAAUCAUGCUGCAGCUUUAGAUUUAGGUGGCGGCAGUACACAAGUGACUUUUGCACCAACCGAUCCUGAUCAGCUGCCACUCUAUGAAAAAUACAUGCACGAAGUAAACACAUUGAAUCGACAAAUUGCUGUAUUCACACAUAGUUACUUAGGUUUAGGCUUAAUGGCGGCGCGUCACUCCGUAUUCACGAAGGGUUUCGGUAAAGACGUAACUGCACUGGAAUCAGUUUGCGUAAAUCCUAUUAUCAACAACCGUACAUGGACCUACUCAAAUGUUGAGUAUAAAAUCAGUGGCAAACCAAACCCGAAAUCCACAGCCGAGGAGCCAACCGUAGAUUUCGAACAGUGUUUGGAGGCAGUAAAAACCCAAGUCCUACCAUUGGUAAAACCAAAGCCAUUCUCAUUGAAGCAACACACCGUGGCUGCGUUCAGUUAUUAUUUCGAACGUGCCAUUGAGUCAGGACUUAUUGAUCCCUUCCAGGGUGGUGAGAUCACAGUUGCUGCAUAUCGCAAAAAGGCCGAAGAAAUCUGUAGCAUUGCGAAUGAUGAACAACCGUUCAUGUGCUUUGAUUUGACGUUCAUUUCGACGUUGCUACGUGAGGGAUUCGGCUUAGGUGACAGUAAAAAAAUAAAGCUUUAUAAAAAAAUUGAUGGACAUGAGAUUUCUUGGGCGCUCGGCUGUGCUUACAACGUUUUGACCAGCGAUGAAAAGUAUAAUUCCUAACUCUGAAAUAGUAACUAUAACAAAAUAAGAAAAGAAAAAAAAAAACAAAAACAAAAACACAGGCACAUUCACAGUGUAUUCAAUCAUAUGUAAGUAAUGUGUAGUGCUGAUACAAUUUAAGUGCUAUAUAGUUUGUAGUACUUAAAGAAAAUAUUUCAACAAAACGGUAUGAAGGCAAUGCUAGUUUUAUGGCAGACAGCGUAUGCUUACGAGAAGAAGAUACUCGAGGCUAAUAUGUAUAUAAUAUAUACGUAAAUUAUCAACGACUCAGCGCUACUAAUAAUGAUAUUCAAAACUAAACGUCUUAGUGCCUUAUUAAAUUAAAUUAAAUUAAAUUAUUUUCACUUUAUUGUAUUUGAAAUAGAAAGUCUUUUAACAAAACCGUUUUCUUUUAACUAUAGUUUGAAUGUGUUUGUAUUAUGUUGUUUUUAAGUCACAUAUGUAGCGUUAAACACCAUGUGUUCGCCGUGAAUUUGUAAAUAUGUUCGUGUGGAAUUUCGCUUUAUGAAUUUGUAGCAAUAUUUUAAUAAUGUAAAUAAACUAUGUAAUCAAAGUGUAUAAAACAUUUAAAAUUUUUUUAUGUAUUUAGUACCUUUAUUAGAUGAGAUUGUUUGGGAUUUCCAAAACUGUUUUGUGUACUGUAAAUAUCACCAAAAUUUAAUUGUAAUUUGUUAUAAACAAUGCACUAAUGCUUGAAUGUAUUAUAUUUUAUUCUCUGUAGUUUAUUAGCCCAACUCGAUUGAAAAAUAAAGUAAUUAAUAAAAUAUGCAAAAA